GCCCACAAGAGUAUAGGUAUAUAUAUCACAAGAAGAGGAGUCCGGAUUAUCUAUCCCAUGCACUGCAUGCACGACGUAGUACGUCCAUCCGGUUUCCAGCGACGAUCUGUGUCGCUCUGGCUGAGGAAACCAUCGCCGGCGUAGUCCUUCGACCCUUCGACCCGUCUUCGAACUCUCUCUCUCUCUCUCUCUCUCUCUCUCUCUCUCUCUCUCUCUCCCUCUCUCUCUCUCUCUCUCACGGGCCCUCUGUUCUGACAUAAACGACGAUCAUCAUGGCGCGCCAGCGCUUUUCCACGCUGCUGGGUAUCGGGCUUGUUGGCCUUGUCCUCUUCGCCGCUCUCCCGUCCGUGUAUGGUAGAAAAUAUUGCCCCGACGAGGACGACUGUGGAAAAUGCAAAGGGACGAACUGCCCAGGGAAGGGUAGUCCCCCUCCGCCUCCUCCUCCUCCUACGUGCAAUGGUGGUUGCGGGUGCGACAAGCCUCUGAAGGACUGUGACUUCUUCUUCCAUGGCCACAAGGACAAGGUGCCGACCAUCACUCUCGUCCGAAAGGGAGACAACCAUAUCUACGUCGACUGCGGUCAUAUCGUGCAUCAGGACGGGCCGGACACGAGGCCAGUCCAGACGGUGAACUCCGCACACUGCUCGCUGCUGUCAGGCGGAAGCUGGGACCAGAACAGAUGCGGUCACCACAUUUACGGCAACGGAAGGCACAUCGCGUCUCGSCAUUUCCCCAGCAUUCAGAACCCAUCCCACUUCCUCAACGCGUGCAUCAAGGUGCAGAUCAGCGCAGCGCAGUACAAGGACGGVGGCAACUUCAACAACGGUCACAGCAACCCCAGGGCCUGCAUCCUCGUCAAGACGGCAGGGAGCUUCGCCUAAAACCCAGCUACAUGUAGAAGUAAGCGUAGGGCUGUUGUGUAAUCUGCUGAUCGUAGUGGACAAAAAAUCCGCGUAAUCUCCUCCGUUUAGGACGCACAAAGCAGGUGCCACGUGGCCACAGAUAAAAUGACAAAUGCGAAUAGAAGGCCGUCAUGUUAACGGCUGCAAACGGUGUACUGGGGACUAGAUGCCUAGACUGUGGUGAAGAUUUUUGUCGGCUGUUCACUAAAGUCUAAAUCAAUCCGUUCCGUCAGGAAUACUCGCGGAGUCGCGGAAGCGGCGGAAGCGGCGGAACGGAUUAAAGGACAAGAGCAGUGCGUCCAGCGCAAAGAAGUGUUAUAUCAACUUACUAUAUGGGUGCAUGAAGCAAUGAUGAGAGCAUGAUGUCUAUUUCGCGUUCAGAGAAUCCUCUUCAAAUUUUGCUGUGAUAUACAUGAGGAGUCCGAAAUCCCAUUGUAAGCAUUUGAUAGUGUCGUGGUGGAAUACAUAUGCUCUCCUUUUAUUGGGCGCGAGCAUCAACAUACUGAAUC